AUGAAUACCUUCGCGGAUAGCAUCGAGGCCCUCAAUCCUGAAGAUGACAAGGAGUUCUUCGCUAGCCUGCCCGACGAGUUGAAGAAGGAUGUGAGUGUAGCUCUAAUCGACGAUGGGGUCCAAUUCGGGCAUGAGCCGCCCCAGGGAAAGAUUAAAGACAGCUGGAGCUUCGAUGAUGGAUACGACGGCGCAGACCUACCGGGGGCCCGAAAACCGUUCCACGAGUCUCAGACUGGGCAUGGCACUCUGAUGGCCAGCAUGAUUUGUCGAGUCUGCCCGGGAGCAAAAAUAUUCUCCUGUAGACUCAAAGUCAUUCCCGGAGACGGACUCAAAUUCUACUUUACACCCGAGAGCGCAGCUGAGCUCGCGCACGAGAAAGGCGCGCUUAUUUUCUGCGCGGUCCCCGACGAAGGGUCCAUGACCGAUAAGGAAUUCAGCAAAUACUACCCGGUGGGCUGCGCGGGCCUAGCGGCGCGGAUCUUCAAGAUCGGCGCCGCCACGGCGAACAACGAAAGGCACGAGUGGGUGGGGAAGGAAAGCCAGCUCGACUUCCUCCUGCCAGGCCACGAGGUCACCGAGAGAGGAGAGGACACGGUCGAUCCGGACGGGGAUAUCCCCAAGACGGGGUCGUCCAUUGCGACUGCGCUAGCCGCAGGGCUCGCAGCUCUCGUCAUCUACUGCGUCCGGCUAGCGGCGAUCGAAACAUAUCGAAAGGAGACAGGGUUCAGUGAUGAGAAUAAGAAAACGCUGGAUAGUACUGAUGCAGUGACAGAGGAUUCUUUAGGCAUCGUCAAGACAUUCAACGGCAUGAAGCAAAUCUUAUAA